AUGAAAAACAUGAACCGGGUGUCCAGUUACACUGGACAGUCUGAUUUCAUUCUGGUGGGAAUCUUCAGUCAAUCAAAUCACCCAGCUCUCCUGUGUGUGGUCAUUUUUGUAGUGUUCUUGAUGGCUUUAACUGGAAAUGGUGUCCUAAUUCUUCUGAUACAUUUUGAUGCCCACCUCCACAGCAGCCCCAUGUACUUUUUCAUCAGCCAGUUGUCUCUCAUGGAUGUAAUGUAUAUUUCUGUCACUGUGCCUAAGAUGCUCAUCGACCAGGUCAUGGGUAUAAAUAAGAUCUCAGCCUCUGCGUGUGGAAUGCAAAUGUUCCUCUAUGUAACACUAGCAGGUUCAGAAUUUUUCUUUCUAGCUGUCAUGGCUUAUGAUUGCUAUGUGGCCAUUUGUUACCCACUUCAUUACCCUGUCCUCAUGAGCCAUAAAGUAUGCUUUCUCCUUGCAUCUGGCUGCUGGUUUCUGGGAUCUGUGGAUGGAUUCAUGCUCACACCCAUCGCUAUGACUUUCCCUUUCUGCAGAUCCUGGGAGAUCCAUCAUUUCUUCUGUGAAGUCCCUGCUGUAAUGAAGCUCUCCUGCUCAGACACUUCUCUCUAUGAGAUAGUCAUGUAUCUGUGCUGUGUCCUCAUGCUCCUCAUUCCUGUGACAGUCAUUUCAAGCUCCUAUUUUUUCAUCCUCCUUACCAUUCACAGGAUGAACUCAGCAGAGGGCUGGAAGAAGGCAUUUACCACUUGUUCUUCCCAUAUGACUGUGGUCAUCCUCUUCUAUGGGGCUGCUGUCUACACCUAUAUACUCCCCAACUCCUAUCACACUCCUGAGAAGGACAUGGUUGUAUCUGUUUUUUAUACCAUCCUCACUCCUGUGUUAAACCCUUUAAUCUAUAGUCUCAGGAAUAAGGAUGUCAUAGGAUCUCUGAAGAAAAUGUUUAAUGUGGGACCUGCCUUUGAAGAAAAUAUAAAAUAG